GCGCAGUAAACAAGCCAUUCCGAGGAGAGUUCGCUGAGCGAUCGGACGAAGCUGAUUCGAGGAAUACGUAACCGCGUGCACGUCAGUUCUCCGCCGGGCGAUGUCUUCCGUGGAUCUGUGCCCGGAAUCCUUGCAGCGGUCCCGAGGCGAGAACAUCUCAGCCGAGAGCAGUCCUCGCUCGUUCCUCAAAGACAUUCUCAAGCCGCCGCAGUGCGACGCGGGCAAGUACUACGAGUCCGCCUCGCAGGCGGCGGCCGCCUCGCCGCUGGACUCGUGGGGCGGCGUGCUCGCGUCGCUGCCCAGCGUGCCCUCGCUGGGAGCACCGCCGGCCGCAGUGCCCCUGUGGCGGUCCCAGAGCGCCGGCACGCUGCCCUCGCUGCCGUCGCUGCCCAAGCCGUGGCAGCACGCGCCCGUCGUCUACGCCGCCGACGCCGACUGCGGUGAGAACUGGCGGGAGCAGUACGUGCCCAAGACCCCGGGCGCCGGCUCUGCGGUGGUCACGCCCCACGGCACCAUCUGCCUGCGCCUGCCCUACCACAUCCGCGUCGAGCUCACCGUGGACCGGGCCGUGCGCAUCGUCAACUUCAAGAACAACAUCGUGCUGGCGCUGAGCGAGUCCGGGUCGUCGGCCGGCCUGCUGCAUCCCAACGGCCGCAUCCACCAGUACGGCAGCCGCGUCGAGAUCAUGGCGCUGGACGCCAAGGGAAACCACAAGUACGCCAAGAUGUGGUACAAGGGCGUGAGCUUCACGUCGGACCGCAGCGCGCUCGUGUACCUGGUGGACGCGGCGGGCACGCGCACCACCUCGGACAGCUUCUCCGACCUGCGGCAGGACGUGUCGCUGACCGUCUUCUUCGGCAACUCGCGCCACGGAGCCGCGUGCGUGGACGAGGCCAAGGCGGCGCUGGGCGAGUCGCAGUUCUGGCUCAACGACGAGGGCGUCUCCAACUGGAUCAUCAACAACGUGCGCGUCUCGCAGACGGCCGACGGCCUCAUCAGGGUGGCCAGAAACAGCAACAAGUAUCUGAUGCGAACGUCGCCAUCGAAUGGCACGGCAUCUCUGACGACGCCGUUCAUACACUGCACGGCGUCGCUGGGCCAGACGUCCCACAUGUUUGUGCGGCGAGGCGAGAGGAGAAUGCAUUUUGACUGCAGUAGUUUUAUUGUUCGAAACGCGGGCCACUCGGCCGGGUUUGACGACCACAACAAGCUCAAAGUAUACUGACGAUGGCCUGUCUACCCUAGUCGGACUUUUUUUACUACCUAGUUUGGAGGAGCAUUAAUAAUAUUUUGUCAAUAACUGCAUUUAUUCUUAUCUAAUAUAAAUUGUUUUGAGUGAAGUGUAAGGCAAUUAAUAUCUACUUAUUUUAUGCAUUAUCAUCGUUAUGAAGUGAUUGUUUUAUUCAUAUUAAUUUUUCCAUGAAAUAAAUAACGGGCAUAAUUGACUAUAAAGUGUA